AUGUGCAGGAAAAUCAAGGGAGCAUUCUUCCUAUUCUUUCUGGUGAGGCUGGCGGCAGUAGCCUGGGAAGUCAGAUUUCUACAUCUCUAUUCAAGGGAGCUAGAGAAAGGAGAGCUAUGGUUUGGGCCCGACACAUGCACGGGAAAGAUAGCCGCUGGCACAGAGUCAUUUGCUAAGGACCAGCUCAAAGCCUCCAACCUUAAGCUCUCUAAUAUAUCUAAAGAGAUAAAGGCCCUCGUGCUACAUGCAAUGGUCAUACUGACAAUGCUCACCAGUAAAAUUCGAAAAAAGAUGGGAAGGCUGUCAAAGUCACUAAGGAUUCUCAAUCCGGAAAUAACGCUGUUGCUGCUUUUAACCUCCGCCAUUACCUCGAUAGAAAAGCUGUGCGGCACAAAGCUUACAUUGGAGGAGUGCAUAUGCAGCCUGAAAUAUAUAGAGUAUCCCCUUAAUAUGGUGGCUCUUCUUUUUAUAGAGCUGCCAUUUUACAUAUGUCUUGUGAUGAAGCUUUUUGAAUUUCUAAAGGGAAAGUUUAUUAUAGUGCUUUACAUCAUCUUUGUGGCGGGCAACAUAUUAAACACCCUUUGGAGCGGGCACGUAGACAAGAGCAAGCUGGCCAAGGUUCCUCUUGAGGUGUUUCCGGAAAAGCUACAGGAGAUGCUUAAGUCUGAGGGGCUAGAGGACUCUGUUUAUAGAGCCAAGAGCUCGAAGGAGAAGAAAAAUGCAUCUCUGAUCGGACUGGGUAGCUUUAAAAGGAUUGAGAUAUAUGGAGACUUUACCAAGAACGUAGAAGAAUUGUAUCCUGUUUCGUUCCAUGAGGUGGGGCAUUCGAUAGAUAACAUCAUAUUGAAAAGAAAGAUUCUCAUGCAUGCAAUGGUAAUCUGUGAAGUAUUGGCAUUCACGGCGAUCUACGCAAAGGGAAGCAAGGCUUUUGGGGUUUCAGACAUGUCCUCGGAGGCGUUUGCUCUAAUGGUGUUUAUCAUGUACCUGGCGCUUGGAAGAGCCCUGUUCCUCACGUUUUCCAAUGUUUAUGCCCAGCGCUCAGAACUGUUUGCAGACGAAGUUGCCAGGAUCAAUGGAUAUGGAGAUGGACUUUCCCAGGCACUAUUUGAUAUGGCCUUGGAGCACAACACAACCAUAGAUUCAACGUACCUGUUCAAUGCAAUAACAUCACUGCAUCCUAUUGUUAGAGAAAGAAUUGACAGGUGCGGAUGUCUUUCGUAG